AUGCCCGGUGUCCCAUCAGGUCGAGCCUGUGACGCGUGUCGGAAGCAGAAGAAAAAGUGCGAUGAGAAACAACCUGCGUGUGGACGAUGUCUUCGUCUCAAAGUUAGCUGUGUGGGGUCCGGUCAGCAACGAUUCAAGUUCAAACACGAACAAUUUUCCCACAAAUUAAACCAAAACGACCAAAUAAAUCUCGCCUUGAGAUUGAGAUCAACAGAAGAACAAUAUUCUUUUGAACCCCCCCGGGCGUGUCCUAGCAAUGGAAUGACAUCGUUGACUAGUUCUUUUGUCGGCGCCAUAAAACGAUCCACCGACCUCCGGUACAAUAUGUGGUGGUCUUUUGGCAUUUUCCUGGAAGACGUACCCCGAAGACUCGGCAGUAAUGAAGCACUCGACCGUGCAGUUGACGCCGUGACCACUGCCCACGCAGGCUUCUGCACCCGCCAACCAGUUUCAGUUGACGCACUAGCCAAAUAUUCCUAUGCGCUGAGAACCCUAAGGGUCUAUUUAGAUGACCCGCUCCAAGCCAGUGCUUCCAGUACACUGUGUGCUGUGAUGAUACUUUUGGUCUGCCAGACAUUCAUCGGAAGUAACGGGAACAUGGUAUCAGGACAUGCCCAGGGGGCCGCCAACAUCCUACAAGCGCGAAAGAACUUUGGGCCACGCGACGACUUUGAGAGUAAAUUAUUUCUCUCCUUACGGGGAAGUGUGUUAUUCGAAGGGUUAUACAAUGAGGCUAUCGAACUAAGCCCGGAGGAAUGGGAUGUCUUGGUCACGAGUGAAUUUGAUAAAAGUCAACCUGAAGGCCGGAUUUUGCGAUAUUUAGCACAAGCUCCGGGCCUAAUCAAACGCGGCAAGCGAGCUAUACGCAACGGCGAAGAUUUAACAGCCUUGAUAAAUGAAGUCCGGCCAAUAUACGAAAACUGCAAAUUGAUACUGGCGGAGUUGAAAGCACGAACAGUCGCAUAUGAGACCUCGCUCAAUACUAUGAAAGAAACGUUCAUUACCCAGAUCCUGCGAGCACAUUAUCUCCGCACCUAUGGAGUUGGUGUCGCAAUCACAACAUUUUACAAUUGCAUGCUUCAGGCACUGGAUCCCAGUGACUGCACCUGCGUGGUAGAAUCGAGAGCUCUUGUUAAAGAGACUCUCGUACAUGCCCAGGAGUCCAAUAUGUACAGACCUGUUGGAGCAGGAUAUGUAAUCAUGUGUCUGUCGGCAGCAUGGGUCGUUACUACAGACCCCCAGCUGCGCUCAAUGGUGGAAGCCGCCUUGGUUGACUAUUAUGGUGACUUCUCGACCCCUCAUGGUGUAAAUAUACCGCGACAGCUGGAACAGGUGAAUGAGAAUUUAUGGCUCGGAUCGACUGCUCAGAUGAAAGCGAUUUUCAACCCUUGA